AGAAAAUUUUAACAUUUAAGCGCAUCCCUUUACCAGUGAGGGUAUUUGUGUGCAAGGCAGGCAAAGAGUAAAGCGACGCAUAUGAUCCGCGGAAGCGCAUGUCGAUUCUGUCACGAACGCACGUGGUGUGGGAAACGGUUCCCGCCAAUAAAUCCGGCGGAGUAACCGCUGCGGUUCUGAUCUCCUCCCUUCCCUCUUUCACCUUUUUCCCUUUCCUCCGUCGCCAUGGUCAAACGGGCCCCACAACUCCGGCACCUCUCCUUCUCCCUCUCUGCUCCAACCCCUCCUCCUCCGACCGUCCCUCAGUUUCCUUAUGCUGGUUGUGAAAAACAGGAGAUUUGGCCUAGAUGUGUCCGAGAAAAAGAAUUGGUCCAAAUUUAUGCCGACAGAUAUCUUCCACUAAAGUUUGCUUCUAGUAUACAUAAAAAAAAAAUUUCUGGGAUUUUUAUUGAGGGUGAAAAUCAGUAGAUUGUAUUCUCUCUACAGAAUAGAGGAGUGCAUCAAGAAAUCUCAUUACUUAAGGAAGUUUCAUUGCUUCCUUAAGAACUACUACAUAUAUGGUUGUUCACUAGCCUGUGAUUGAUCCUAAUGGCUAGUGGCUCUGUCCAUGGCUCUGAUAUCAUGGAAAAAUCCACUACUAGAUAUGUGAACACUACGUACUUACACGGAGACUUAGAUUUAUGGAUAAAAGAAGCUAAGUCUCUUCCAAAUAUGGAUUUAAUGACAGAAAGAAUGAGGAGAUGUUUCACUAUGUAUGGAGCUUGUCCAUCUCCUCUCAAAAAGGUCAGUGGCCACAACAUAAUCACUAGUGACCCCUAUGUGUCUGUCUAUCUUGCGGGGGCCACUGUCGCGCAAACCCGAGUAAUUCCAAACUGCGAGAAUCCAAAAUGGGAAGAACAUUUUUGUGUUCCUGUAGCUCAUCCCCUCACAAAAAUUGAAUUCCAAGUAAAGGAUAAUGAUGUGUUUGGUGCCCAACUUAUUGGGGUGGUUGAGAUUCCAGUAGAUAAGAUUCUUACAGGAUUAAUUGUUGAUGAAUGGUUCCCUGUGGCUGGCGAUUAUGAUGAUUCAGUGAAACACAAGCCUGAACUUCAUUUAUCUAUGAGAUUUAGGCCAGUAGAGAAUAAUCCGUUAUAUAAAGAUGGAGUUGGUGCUGAGACAGAUUAUAGUGGAUUGCCGAAUGCUUAUUUUCCACUUCGUAAAGGUUGUGGUGUUACCCUUUAUCAAGAUGCUCAUGUUCCUGAUAAUAUGUUGCCUGAAAUUGAACUUGAUGGGGGAAAUUAUUACAAUCAUGGUAAAUGUUGGGAAGACAUAUGCCAUGCAAUAUUACAAGCUCAUCACCUGAUCUAUAUUGCUGGUUGGUCAAUUUAUCACAAGGUGAAACUUGUGAGGGAGCCAACAAGGCCAUUACCAAGUGGAGGGGAAUUGUCUCUUGGAGAUCUUUUAAAGUCCAAGUCGCAAGAAGGUGUUCGUAUCGUUUUGUUAAUUUGGGAUGAUAAGACCUCACACAAUAGGUUCCUACUGAAAACGGAUGGAAUCAUGCAUACUCAUGAUGAAGAAACUAAAAAGUUCUUCAGGCACUCAAGUGUCCAUUGCGUACUUGCUCCUCGUUAUGCCAGCAACAAGUUAAGCAUUUUUAAACAACAGGUCGUAGGAACGUUAUUCACACACCAUCAGAAGUGUGUGCUUGUUGACACCCCAUCUCCCGGCAACAAUCGAAAAAUAACUGCUUUUAUUGGAGGCUUGGAUUUAUGUGAUGGUAGAUAUGACACACCUGGGCACAGGCUUUAUGAUGAUCUUAAUAGUGUUUUUGCAGAUGAUAUUCAUAAUCCAACAUUUCCAAUUGCCAACCAAGGUCCAAGGCAACCAUGGCAUGAUUUACAUUGCAAGAUUGAGGGCCCUGCAGCAUAUGAUAUAAUGACAAAUUUUGAACAGAGAUGGGGAAGAGCUACAAAGUGGCGAGAUUUGAGGAAGAAAGUUAGACAUUGGCAUGAUGAUGCUUUGAUAAAGCUUGAAAGAAUUUCAUGGAUAAUUACACCCACUUCUGGAAAGUCUGAUGCACAUGUUUCAGAAGAAGAAGAUCCUGAAAACUGGCAUGUUCAGAUCUUCCGCUCAAUUGAUUCAGGUUCAGUAAUAGGAUUCCCAAAAGUUGUUCAACAAGCUGAAUUGAAGAAUCUUGUAUGUGCAAAGAAUGUGACGAUAGACAAGAGCAUACAUAAUGCAUAUGUGAAAGCAAUAAGAUCUGCACAGCAUUUCAUAUACAUAGAAAAUCAGUAUUUUCUUGGAUCUUCUUAUAGCUGGCCAUCAUACAAAAAUGCAGGUGCGAAUAAUCUGAUACCAAUGGAACUGGCUUUGAAGAUUGUGAGCAAAAUCAAUGCACAUGAAAGAUUUUCUGUGUACAUUGUAAUACCAAUGUGGCCUGAAGGAAUUCCUAAUGCUGCUGCUGUGCAGGAAAUUCUUUAUUGGCAGGGACAAACAAUGUCGAUGAUGUAUCGAGUUAUUGGACAGGCACUGGAGAAAGCAGGUCUUUCUGAAUGUAAUCAUCCACGAGAUUUUUUGAACUUUUACUGUCUUGGUCGGCGCGAACCAGAACUUAAAGAAGCAUCAUCAUUGGCGAAUAAUCCUACUGACAACAGUGCACUGCGUUCUACUCAGAAGUUCCGCAGAUUUAUGAUCUACGUCCAUGCAAAAGGGAUGAUUGUGGAUGAUGAAUAUGUAAUUGUUGGAUCUGCCAAUAUUAACCAAAGAUCUAUGGACGGAUCAAGAGAUACUGAAAUAGCGAUGGGUGCUUAUCAGCCACACCGUUCAUGGGCCAGAAAAGGUAGCCAUCCACGUGGACAGGUUUACGGGUACAGAAUGUCACUUUGGGCCGAACAUUUGGGACGUUUAGAGGAAUGUUUCGAGGAGCCAAAUACUGUACGAUGUGUUAGACGUGUCAAUGAACUUGCAGAAGAAAACUGGCAGGCGUACGUAGGUCCCGAAAACAAGAAGAUGAAAGGGCAUUUGAUGAGGUACCCAAUUCAUGUCGAAAGAAGUGGAAGAGUCCGAAGCUUAUCAGGGUAUGAGAGCUUCCCUGAUGUCGGCGGAAAGGUCCUCGGAUCGCACACUACACUUCCUGAUGCUCUGACAACAUAGUAGCUCUAUGGAAGAUAAAAUGAAGAAUGUUUUUCUCAAGAAUACUGAAGGCAUUGAGAGUUUAAUGCAUGAAGCAUGCGUCAGUAAUUGCUUUAGAUGGUUGCUGCCUUAGCGUUUUCUCAUGAUGUUAGAUUGAAUGCAUGUAUAAUUCAUUGAAGAAUUUGGAUGUGGUAGAAGCUCAAAAGAUGUGAUUGUUGAGUUAGUACAGUUGUGGGAUACGUAGAACUUUUUUUUAUUUUUAUUUUUUAAUAUAUCAACAUGCGGUUUUCUCUUUUU